CUGUCAUCUCUUUCACUCACAUACAAAAUCAACAGCACCCCUAACAUACUCACUGACAAACAGACCCAGUUCAUCGCACAGCUUUGUCAUGGCAGACAAAAAGGACAGCAGGACCCCCAGCAAAGGAGGUCUGAUUAAAAGGAAAGAGAAGAAAAUGGAGAAAACAGAAAGUAAACCUGAGAAGGAGAAAGAAAAGGACAAAGAUAAGGAUGAGAAGAUCAAGUCAAAGACUGCAGAAAACCAGCAAAACAGUAUCGAUAAGCCUCAGGGAAAUGGGGAGAUAGAAGAAGGAGCCCAGGGUCCUGUCAAAGAUGAGGAAUUUCAGCUGGAGCCUAUUGAGCUACCUCCAUUUGAGAUCAUUGUAGGAGACAGAAUGAACCCCAACUUCUUUAAAUUUCAAUUUAAAAAUGUGGAAUAUUCUUCAGGGCGCAACAAGACCUUCCUGUGCUACCAGGUAGACAUACAAGGAGGCACUACAGAGGCAGAUGGCCUACGUGGUUACCUAGAGGAUGAGCAUUCAGGCUCACACGCUGAAGAAGUCUUCUUUCAACAGGUGCUAGCCUUUUAUGACAAGUCACUUUGCUACACAGUAACCUGGUAUACUUCUUCAAGUCCAUGUGCAACUUGUGCUGCUAAGCUUGUAGAGAUCUUGCGAUCGCGCAAAACGAUGCGCCUGAGUAUCCACUGUUCCCGCCUCUUCCAGUGGGAGGAGCCAGAGAUACAAACUGGACUACAGGCACUAGUUAGGGCGGGGUGUAAACUACGCAUGAUGAGACCUUUGGAUUUUGCCUAUGUUUGGUCUGCUUUUGUAGAGAACGAAGCAGAUAACUUUAUAGCCUGGGAGGACUGUCAAGAAAACUAUGAAUAUUAUGAUGAGAAGCUGUGUGGUAUUCUUAAGUAGGGUAGGUAAGGAAUUGCUGCGGGCUAUUGAUUGAUACUGUCAAUACAGUCUGGCCACAGCCUUAAGAAAAUUAUUAAAAUCACCCUGCAACUAUAGCAGUGUCUUCUUUCUGUUUCGUCAAAGUUUGUCGUGUGACAUCACACGUUUGAUUUUCUUGCUUGGAUUUUAGACUUGAACUUAUUACGUGGGUGUUUCAAAUAUAUGGGAAAACCUAUUUUUAUUUUACUGCAGAUCAUUUUCUGCAAAUAACUGGCCAAACAUAUGGGUGUAGUCUUAAAUGCAAGCAUGCAACAAGUUAUCAUUAUUGAAAUAAUUCAGCACAAAUGUUGGAAUAAGUAUAUAUUCAAAACUGGUUUUCAUUUGGUUAUUUUGCAACCCAAAUAUAGCCUGCUAUAAUUAUUGUGUUUAAAUGUUUUUGUCUAUUCAAAAUGAUUUUUUUAAAUAUACAUCAUACUGAAUAGUCUCUUUGUAAAAUAUGACUAUUUCCUAGCAUGGCAUAAAGAUCCCAGUAUGAAGUUCGGGUAUUAGUCUCAGCCAUUUCUGUGGUGAAUUUAAUAUAAGUUAAGAUGGAUUUAAUCUAAGAUAUAAAAGUUACUAAUUAAUAAAGUGAUAUUUACAAGAAUAAUAUUAAUGAAAUAGCACUUUAAAAUUUUUUUACAAUAUUGUUUCAUUGGUAAUACUGUAAUGAAAUAAAUACUAAAGUAGAC